CACUUCACAGGCUCUCAGAGGUUCACCACUCAGUUCAUAUCGGGUUAACUCCUCUUACAGGUUGUACUGCUCGUCCUGUGACUCCUUCUGCUUUUCCUGCCGAGUGAAAGUAGGUCGGACUGAAUCCUCCUGAGUCAUUUCUAAGGAUUUUGUUUGCAGGAUUUUUUUUGUUUACAGCAGUGCUUGGUCAAGAUAACUACACAGAAUGGCUGCACUGCGUCGUCUGAGGCAGUGCCACCCUUCGGGCUUGGCCAUCUCUAAUCUUCACACGAGCAGCCGUGCCUCUGCCAAACAGCAUUACAAAAUGCUUGUUCUGGGAGGAGGAAGCGGGGGCAUCACAAUGGGCGCAAGAAUGAAGAGGAUGAUGGGAGCCGAGAAUGUGGCUGUUGUGGAGCCCAGUGAGAUGCAUUACUAUCAGCCAAUAUGGACCCUGGUUGGUGCUGGAGCAAAAACUGUAGCCUCAUCAGGUCGUACCACCGGGAGUGUUAUGCCGUCUGGAGUGAAGUGGGUGAAAUCUUCAGUUCAGGAAAUAAACCCAGACACGAAUACUGUUCGCACAGACGAUGGAACUGAAAUCUCCUAUGAGUAUUUGAUUGUGGCUCUUGGUUUACAACUCCAUUAUGAGAAGAUCAAAGGGCUGCCGGAAGGGUUCAAACAUCCAAAGAUUGGGUCAAAUUACUCAGUCCAAACUGUGGAGAAAACAUGGAAAGCGCUGCAGGACUUCAAAGAAGGCAACGCUGUGUUCAGUUUCCCAAAUACUCCUGUGAAAUGUGCCGGAGCUCCGCAGAAGAUCAUGUACCUGUCCGAUGCCUAUCUCAGAAAGACAGGGAAACGAGCAAAAGCCAACAUAGUGUACAACACAUCACUUCCUGUGCUCUUUGGGAUAAAAAAAUAUGCUGACUCAUUGUGGGAUAUUGUGAAACGCCGUGACCUACAAGUGAACCUGAGACAAAACCUAAUAGAAGUUCGGGCAGACAAGCAAGAAGCCGUGUUUGAAAAUCUUGACAAACCAGGCGAAACCAAAGUGAUUGAGUAUGAAAUGCUUCAUGUCACACCACCGAUGGGACCCAAUUUGGUGGUUAAAGCCAGUCCAUUGGCAGAUGAGGUUGGCUGGUUGGAUGUCAACAAAGACACCCUCCAACAUAACAAGUAUCCAAAUGUAUUUGGCAUUGGAGAUUGUACCAACCUGCCCACAGCCAAAACUGCUGCUGCUGUCGCUGCACAGUCUGCCGUCUUAAACAGAACCAUCAGCAAAAUACUGAAAAAUGAGAAGCCAGAUAAAAAGUACGAUGGCUACACCUCAUGUCCACUGGUAACAAGCUACAACACGGUGAUUCUGGCAGAGUUUGACUACAAUGGACAACCUCUGGAAACAUUCCCCAUUAACCAAGCGAAAGAAAGAAGACUCAUGUACCACAUGAAAGCUGAUGUGAUGCCUCACCUCUAUUGGCAUGGGCUUCUAAGGGGCCUGUGGGGUGGACCAGGACCAUACAGGAAAAUCUUCCAUCUUGGGAUGAAAUGAAACCUCGCUAUCAGUUUGCAAGUUAAUCAUUACAUAUCCUCUAAAGGGGAAAGAAGUAGCACCGUAAGGAAGUAGCAGUUAAAUCUAUCAUUUUCAAAAAAGGGUGGACACAUACAGUGGCUAACACGGCUUGUUGGCAUCAUGGAAUAUAAUGAGGAAGAGUCGUUUGUGGUGCAGAAACCACUGAAAAUUAACAUAUAAUUCUGCAGCUUUAUGGUCUUAUGGUUCUUUCUGGCGACACACUGAAUGUAAGUUCUUGCUGCUUUCAUCAAUCUCAUUGCCCAUCCAGCAGUGAAAUGUUUGUAGAAGCUGAGAACAAAAGUCUGUAGAAGUUUGUUUGAUUUGCUACCGCCCAGUGUACUUUUAAAAGCCAGUAGGUUUAACCCAGAGUCCACAGAAGUUAGCCAGGCUCUACCAAAGAUUAUUGAACCUCUUGCUCCAGAUUUUAUAGUCCAUUUUAUCCCAAUAAACUGACGCGAAUUAGUCUUUUUUUAAAUUGUGAGUGUAAACGAAGAAUUAAACUGUUUAGGUUUUUAAUGCAACAAUUUGAUCACUUGUUUUUGCAGGAUAUUGGAGGGACUUCACAGCUGUAAUCAUCGCCAGUCAUUGCAAAUAUUGUAUUACUGAAAUGUUGGCGGAAGUCAGUUAUUAUUAUUGUGUGUACUUUCUUGUCAUUGUAGGAUUUUAACAGUCUUCAGGUCUGUCUCCACCUCAAGCACACAGUCUGUGAAAUUAACAUAAACAUGCAAACUACCAAAAGUGGUUUUCUAACAUUUAAACAGUGAUGUCAAAAAUAGAGUUUGGUCAGUGAUUAUUUUUAUACUUUUACUUACACGCUUCACUGAGUUAUAAACGUCUUGGUGGUUAUACAGCCAGCCAACUUUAUUGUUGUAUUGAAAGAUGAAUUAUUCUUUAAUCAUUAAACUGAUUGUACUUUGCUACUAAUGCUGUAAAUAUACUAUUAAAGUUAAUUAAAUUGUUGAUUUAAAAAAAA